AUUUGUGCGUAGAACCAUUUCCCUGACCUGCAAGAUAAAUUCUCGAGGAUAGAUACAAGGAGAAGUUACGAAGACAUGGAAAUUAAGCUAGUAGCUAGUUCUGACCCGUCACGUCUACACGUAUGUAGUCCUAAAAUUGCCGGAGAAAUAACAAGCAAAAUAAAGUCUCGCACCCCUUUCCGAACGAAUUCCACGAGAGUUCCCGGUUCGAUUUAAAUAUCCCGUACUUUUGUUACAAAAACUGACCUGGACUCGACCUGCUUCUUCCUUCCAAGUGGGCAGCGCGAAGGCGCCCAGAAAGCCUGUGUGUGCGUGUGCUACGUCUGUCCGAAAGCAAUAGGCUUCGCUCCUUCCUUGGUUCGCGCCAACCUUCUCUGCGGUUUCCCGCGCUCCAUGCCAGAAGCUGCCUCCUCGUCCAGAUCGAGGAACCCUUCAAACCCUCCCAUGGGUAUAAACCGGCGGGCGAGGGCGACCACCCCAGCCCCAUUCGCCACCGCACCGUACGCCGCCGGCCGAGGGAGACCAGCUAUCUGUCUGUCUGCCGCCCGCGAGCUAAGCUAGCUGGAGAGAGAGCGCGCGCUCGCGAUGCCGUCGUCCAGGCUCGUGCGCAAGGACGGCGAGUGGGGCGGCGGCGGGGUCGCGCUGGAGGUCACCGUGCUGUCGGCCGAGUCGCUGCGCCUGCCGCCCACCUACUCCCCGCUCCCGCGCCGCCUGCGGCCCUACGUGGCGGUGUCCUCCUCCUCCUCGUCCUCCUCCGCCGGCUGCAGCACGGGCGUGGCGCGCGCGUCGUCGGGCGCCGGGGAGCACUCGUGGGAGGACGCGCGCCUGGUGGUGCCCGUGGGCGCGGGGUUUCUGGAGGGCCGCGACGACGUGCGCGUGGCGGUGAUCUCGGAGUCGGGCUGCGCGCGGCUCGUCGGCGACACGCCGCUCGGCUGGUGCCGCGUGCCGGCCGCCGACGUGCUCGACGGCCUCCGCCCGCCGCGCUCGCUCCGCAGGCUCAGCUACACGCUCCGCUGCCCGCGCCGCGGCGGCCCCGGACACGGCGUCGUCCACCUCGCCGUGCGCGUCCUCGGCGACGUCCACGUCGCCCGCCCAGACCCGGCCCCGCCCGCGCAGCCCGGCUGGUGCCGCGUCGCCAUGGGCAUCCCGGUCUCCGGCGCCUCCGCCGCGGCCGUCGUCGGCACGCCGUCGCCGUGGGCGUGGAGCCAGGCGUCGCGAUGACUGCUCGCGACUAGCCGUGGAAGAACGGUGGAACUUGCGCGCGCGGGCGCGGCGACCGGUUCUUGGGUUUGACUAAUCACUGCCCGGAGGCCGGAGCACGCACGUACGUACGUAGCCGCCGGACGCGGAGACGAAAGCGACGGCUGAUUAGUCAAAGCUCAAAGCUAGCUGCCGGGCUGAUUCCUCGCAGCUGCGCACGGACGUACGUGACAGUGUCUGAUUGGACGCGCUCCGCUGCCGGCUGGCCGGCCGUCGGCGGCGGCGGUGCUUGACCCCGACGAGUGGAAUACGGCCGAACGUGCCGGUGUACAUAUAUACACACGUCAUCGUCUAGGGAAGGUUCCUUGCUAGUGAUGGAGGUUAUGUGUGAGGGCAUGCGCAUCUCUGUCGUUCCAAGUGUAAAUUCAGUUGUUCAAAAAAAAAGUGUAAAUUCAGUAAAUACUGGAGUAUGUACAAAGGCUGAAGUGAAGUUUUUAGUGCGAACUAGACAACUUUGGAUGCAA